CGUGUCUCCCUCGUGAGCCUGGGAGACUUUGUGCACAGUCCUGCGGGCCGCCCCACUCGGCUCCCUGGGAGUCCGUGUUCUUUGAGAUACGGGAAGGAAGCCAAGGAUGGGUGACCAAACCCCGUGACAAGAAAGACCUCACGUACUGUUUCUUCUCUGAGGUCCCGCCGGCUGGGCGUGCGGGCGCGCGGGAGCACACGUGCUCGGGACAAAGCUACCCGUGGCGUUCAUCCAUCCCCUCGGGAGGUGCUUUUUCAUUUACGGGAGCCGGGACGCCCCUCUGGCGAUCUGUCAGUGCCUGGAUCAGCUGCAUCCUUUCUGGGGUAUUUUGUUACCAGACUGACAGUCCUUAAGACAAGUAUGCAGUUAAGCUGCUAAGGGAUGGAAGAAGCCAGCCUGUGCCUUGGAGUGGCGGCGGCGGCGGCGGCGCCCGAGGCCGAGCCCCACCUGAGCGGCCCCGUCCUCAACGGCCAGUAUGCCAUGAGUCAGAAGCUGCACCAGAUCACCUCCCAGCUCAGCCAUGCCUUCCCCGAGCUGCACCCCCGGCCCAACCCCGAGGACAAGGCCCCCGCGCCCCUCGACGAGAAGGCGCACGUGCCCAUGAGCGGCCAGCCCAUGGGCAGUCAGAUGGCGCUCCUGGCCAACCAGCUGGGCCGGGACGUGGACACCAGCCUCAACGGGCGGGUGGACCUGCAGCAGUUCCUCAACGGGCAGAACCUGGGCAUCAUGUCCCAGAUGAGCGACAUCGAGGAUGACGCCCGCAAAAACCGCAAGUACCCGUGCCCGCUGUGCGGCAAGCGUUUCCGCUUCAACAGCAUCCUCUCCCUGCACAUGCGCACUCACACGGGCGAGAAGCCCUUCAAGUGUCCCUACUGCGACCACCGGGCGGCGCAGAAGGGCAACCUCAAGAUCCACCUGCGGACCCACAAGCUGGGCAACCUGGGGAAGGGGCGCGGGCGGGUGCGCGAGGAGAACCGCCUGCUGCACGAGCUGGAGGAAAGAGCCAUCCUGCGGGACAAGCAGAUGAAGAGCAGCCUGCUGCAGCCCCGGCCCGACCUGAAGCCCCUGCCGCACGCCCAGCAGGCCCCGCUGGCCGCCUGCAACCUGGCCCUGCCCGCCAACCCCAGCGUGCCCGACGUGGCCCACCCGGCGCCCUCGCCCAAGCCGGCCAGCGUGCAGGAGGACGCCGUGGUCCCGGCCGCCGGCUUCCGCUGCACCUUCUGCAAGGGCAAGUUCAAGAAGCGCGAGGAGCUGGACCGCCACAUCCGCAUCCUGCACAAGCCCUACAAGUGCACGCUGUGCGACUUCGCCGCCUCGCAGGAGGAGGAGCUCAUCAGCCACGUGGAGAAGGCCCACAUCACCGCCGAGUCGGCCCAGGGCCAGGGCCCCAACGGCGGCGGGGAGCAGUCGGCCAACGAGUUCCGCUGCGAGGUGUGCGGGCAGGUGUUCAGCCAGGCGUGGUUCCUCAAGGGCCACAUGCGGAAGCACAAAGACUCCUUCGAGCACUGUUGCCAGAUCUGUGGCCGGCGCUUCAAAGAGCCCUGGUUCCUCAAGAACCACAUGAAGGUCCACCUCAACAAGCUGUCGGUGAAGAACAAGUCCCCCAGCGACCCGGAGGUGCCCGCGCCCAUGGGCGGCAUGUCCCAGGAGGCCCACGCCAACCUGUACUCCAGGUACCUGUCCUGCCUGCAGAGCGGCUUCAUGGCCCCGGACAAAGCCGGCCUGAGCGAGCCCGGCCAGCUCUACGGCAAGGGGGAGCUGCCCAUGAAAGAGAGGGAGGUCCUGGGCAAGCUGCUGUCGCCCAUCUCCAGCAUGGCCCACGGCGUCCCCGAGGGCGACAAGCACUCCCUCCUGGGGUGCCUCAACCUCGUGCCGCCGCUCAAGUCCAGCUGCAUCGAGCGGUUGCAGGCGGCCGCCAAGGCUGCCGAGAUGGACCCGGUCAACAGCUACCAGGCCUGGCAGCUCAUGGCCAGGGGCAUGGCCAUGGAGCACGGCUUCUUGUCUAAAGAGCAUCAGCUACAGCGCAACCACGAAGACACUUUGGCAAACGCCGGAGUUAUGUUUGAUAAGGAGAAGCGGGAGUACGUGUUAGUGGGAGCAGAUGGCUCCAAGCAGAAAAUGCCUGCUGAUUUCGUUCACAGCACUAAAGUGGGCAAUCAGAGAGACCUGCCAAAUAAGCUCGACCCUUUAGAAGGCAGUCGGGAUUUUUUGUCACACGGGCUGAACCAGGCGCUCGAGUACAACCUGCAGGGUCCCGGGAGCAUGAAGGAGAAGCCCACCGAGUGCCCCGACUGCGGCCGCGUGUUCCGCACCUACCACCAGGUGGUCGUGCACUCCCGCGUGCACAAGCGGGACCGCAAGGGCGACGAGGACGGGCUGCACGUGGGCCUGGACGAGCGGCGCGGCUCGGGCAGCGACCAGGAGUCCCAGUCGGUGAGCCGCUCCACCACGCCGGGCUCCUCCAACGUCACCGAGGAGAGCGGGGCCGGCGGCGGGCUCUCGCAGACCGGGAGUGCCCAGGAGGACAGCCCGCACCCCUCCUCGCCGUCCUCCUCAGACAUCGGCGAGGAGGCGGGGAGAGCUGCCGGCGUCCAGCAGCCCGCGCUGCUUCGCGACAGGAGCCUGGGCUCGGCCAUGAAGGACUGCCCGUACUGCGGGAAGACCUUCCGGACAUCCCACCACCUAAAGGUGCACCUGCGGAUACACACAGGUGAGAAGCCCUACAAGUGUCCCCACUGUGAUUACGCCGGCACCCAGUCAGCGUCCUUAAAAUACCACCUCGAGCGGCAUCACCGGGAGAGGCAGAAUGGAGCCGGGCCGCUGUCCGGGCCGCCCCCCAGCCAAGACCACCGGGACGAGCUGCCCAGCAAAGCCGCUUUGUUCAUCCGGCCGGACAUUCUGAGGGGGGCCUUCAAGGGCCUCCCCGGGAUCGACUUCAGAGGCGGCCCCGCCUCUCAGCAGUGGACAGCCGGAGUGCUCUCGUCCGCGGACCACUCGGGCCAGGCCAGCGGCAUGGCCCCCGAGGCCCCUUCGGAGGCCCUGAAGGGCGCCGACCUGCCUUCCAAAAGCACCCACUUCGCCGACAUCGGGAGAGCGUAUCAGAGCAUCGUGAACAACGGUGUGAAUUUCCAGGGGUCCUUGCAAGCCUUCAUGGACAGCUUCGUCCUCAGCUCCUUGAAGAAGGAGAAGGACGUGAAGGACAAGACCCUGUCCGACCCUCCCUCCACGAAGGUGCACGGGCCGGACGGCGGUGAGGACAAAGCCGGCGGGAAGGCGGGCCCCAGGAAGUCGGAGAAAUCUCAGUACGAGCCUCUAGACUUGUCGGUGCGGCCCGACGCCGCCUCGCUCCCGGGCUCGUCGGUGACCGUGCAAGACAGCAUCGCGUGGCACGGCUGCUUGUUCUGCGCCUUCACGACGUCGUCCAUGGAGCUGAUGGCCCUGCACCUGCAGGCCAACCACCUGGGCAAAGCCAAGCGCAAAGACAGCGCCGUCGGGGUGACGGUCAACUGCAAGGACCAAGCCCGGGAGGCCGGCAAAGCGGCCCUGCUGCCCUCCGUACAGUCCAGCAAAGAGAUGGCCCUUUCCAACAUGCUUGGGCCUCUGGAGGCUGCUUCCGAGAAGACGGCCCAAGGAGCCGCCAAGGAGACUCUGGGGGAGCCGAAGAGCGGCGCGUGGCCCGGCCUGGUGGACCCCGCGUUCUGUAACUUCCCGUCAGACUUCUACAAGCAGUUUGGCGUCUACCCGGGCCUGGUGGGCUCGGGGGCCCCCGGUUCCUGCGCCGGCAAGGAGCCCGACGGGAAGGCCCACUCGGAAGACGACGCCCCGAUCCUGAUCCCCGAGACCGCCAACAAGAGCGCUCCCGACGACCUCUCCGACAUUGCCUCCUCCGAGGACAUGGACUCCUCCAAGGGGGAGAACAACGACGAAGAGGAUCUGGAAACGGAGCCCGAGAUGAUGAGCAAGCCCCAGUCGGCCCUCGGCAAGGACGGCGGCGGCGACGGCGGGGACGGCCUGCUGCCCGCGGGCGCCCCUCAGCCCGUCCAGGGACUGGUGUCGCCGGGACCCCAGGCGCCCGAGAAGCAGUGGCACGGCCCGGGCCUCCUUCCAGCCCAGGACCCCUCGGCGGGCCUGCCCAAGCCGGAGCGGGGCCCCCCGGGCCUGGAGAAGCCGCUGAACAUGUUGUCGGUCCUCAGGGCCUACAGUUCUGAUGGCUUAGCAGCCUUUAACGGACUUGCCAGUAGCACAGCAAAUUCUGGAUGUAUCAAGAGGCCAGACUUGUGUGGUCACAGGCCGUUUCAAUGCCGAUACUGCCCCUACAGUGCCUCUCAGAAGGGGAACCUGAAGACCCACGUCCUCUGCGUCCAUCGUAUGCCUUUUGACAACAGCCAGUAUCCCGACCGCAGGUUCAAGCGCUCCAGAGUCGACUCGGAGGCUUCUGGGAAUUUCGAAGACCCCACAGCUGUCAAGGCGGGUUGCUCAGCGGAGCUAACAGAAGAGGGCUGCAAAGCCCAGGAGGAGCGUAACUGAGCAAACUGACCUGUAUAUUGCAAUAUUAUUUUACACAGUUUUAAGAUUAUGCAUCUGGUAAAAGAGUUUGCUAACUGCAUUCCAAGGGGAAAAACAAACAAAAAAUCGUGUACAACUCCCCCACUAGUGUAUAGAACAUUUAAAAAAAAAUUUAAAAAGAUAUCUAUAUAUAUAUAUUAAAAAAAAAAAAACACAAAAAACCCACAAAAACAAAUCCCCAGCCCUUGAAAAUGGCUGCUAAACUGUUACCCGGCAACAAGUACUUCCAAACGAUGCAGGUGGAAGAGAAGUGAUUUCCGGAAGGCUUGGUGUCCUCCAAGCUUGAGCAAGCUGGGGACCCUUCCAACUCUUAAGUCGUCUUUGUCCCCCGAUCAUGCUCUUAACUGAAAAAUGAUACCAUCUAAAUGAUUUAGUGUUGCCUUGAAGAUGGAGGGGCUGUGUUUUCAUUGUUGAAAACACCUCUAUAAUCUGCCACCAGCUGCUGCCAUCUGCCCCCCACCCUAAUGAGAUGUGCUGCGAGGCAGCGGCGGUGCCAGUCAGGCUGGAGCGGUCACUGCAGAGAAAAUCAAUCCACAUAGUGUCCCAACUGCACUCGCGGAGAAAUCCUAGCCCGCCGCCCGCGCCAGGGCCGCCCGGCGCUGCAGAGGAUUGCCAUCUUACACGUGCAUUUUUAAAAAACACACAGCCAAACGAAUCAAUGGCCAGGAAUGAUCUGCAGACAAAUGCCCAUUGCAGGUUUGAUGAGUAAUUCCUUUUUUUUUUUUUUUUAAGAUCAAAUUGCAGGAUUGAGGGAAAGGCUUUUUUUUCUUUUUUUUUUUUUCUUUUUUUUUUUCUCUCGGUUGUCUUUUUGUGUGUGUGUGGAUGAAAAAGAAGUUGCUGAUAAAAAAAUAAAUAAGUAAAUUAGGGGUCCAUGAUAUGAAAUGCUGUUUAGGAAAACUAGCCAACCCUAUCCACAGAAGGUGCUGGUGAGAAGUGGAAAUUCACGUAAUAAUAGGAAGAUUGUUUUUUAUUAUGAUUUUUUAAGAUUUUACUUGAAUGAAGGCUGCUCCGGUCCUUAUGAUCAGCUUCCUUUCAUGUGUUAGCUUUUCUAAGUAUCACAGACACGAAGAAGGAUUUUCUUCUCCGACAAGCUCUUAGGAAAUAGCUUGUAUUAAAAAUCCGAAUCUAAACAUCCUGCUCUCUAUUGCUAAUGAAGAAAACUGUUUGAGUUAAAAUGUCUGUUUUUGUAAAACAAAUGUGUUCUAUAUUUUUGUAGAUUUUAGAUUUUUUUACUGAUUGGAUACUCCAAAUUUCUUGAGUUCUGCACCACCCAGAGGGAGAUUUUGAGGGCCAAUGAUGAAACACUUAACUCAUUAAAAAAAAAAAAAAAUUGUAAGAAGACUGGUGAAGGGUUUAUUCUUGAAUCUGCUAGAAUGGUGUGUAAGUUCAGCCUCUUAACAUACUUCCUUUGAGUGACACGAAAUUGGUGCUGUUGCUUGUGACGGUGGAGAAGUAUCGAAGUAUUAAUUUCUUCUAAAACGAAAUCAUUCAGACUUAAAAAAAAAAACUAAAAAAAAAAAAAAAAAACAGUCGAUAUUUCCUUGCAGGCUGGGAGCACAGAAUAAAACCCCAGGGCCUUAAAAACUUCAGCUCUGCCUACAGCAGUUUACAAAAAUUCUAAACUGCAAUCAAUGUAAAUAAAAUGCUUAGCGCUAUCCUGAGACCAGAAGGGAUCUCAGGCUAAUAAGGGAUCCGGUUUGCAUACGCUGUCCAGAGGGUGUCACCCACCCAAGGUUUCAGUGCGAAUGAGGUCGCUGUGCAACGUGGACCCAUCUGGCAUAGAGCAAGCCGCUUUCUCGUUUUUCUAGAAUAGUUCUCACUGCCUUACUUAAAUCGAGUUGAUAAACUUAAUGCAACUGUUUCUAUGAUCCUAGAGGAAGGACUGAAAUGUUACUGAAAACUUUCUGACUGUAGUGAGCUUUAGGAUUUUA